GCGCGUGCACAGAGAGCGGAUCGGCGCGCGCCUUGGUGAGACGACGGCCUCCCGUUAGAAAUCGAAAACGAUCUGGGUGACGGAAAGCGGGACGCGUUGACGCACGCGCAGGAGUCCACGAGCGCGUUUUUCAGACGGCGCGGUGGGACUCGAGGGGCGAUCAAGCCUCCAUGGGAAAGUGAGUGAAGAUUUUUUUGUUGUUGUUGUCAGAAGAAGGAGAUACUGUGGAAGGAAAGGAAAAAAACUGACUGACUGACACCUGCCCUCCAGCCCUGAUGAAGGACAGCUAAUGGAGGAGUAAAGACCGGGUGUGCAAGCUACAAGGUACAAGGGGAGAAAUCAAGGUGCUCUUGAAAGAAUGAAGACAACCAGAAAACAAGCCUACCCUUUUAUUACCUGUGGUUUAAAUUAAUAAAGCACAAUUUAGCGAUCACUCAACAUGCGAAGAUUUCUGCUCCUGGUGUCUCUCUGCCUAUGGGAGGGACUUGUAAGGGCAGAGCCAGUCACAAAAGUCAUUAGAAGGAGAGGACUCCAGAGUCCAGGUCACUCGCAGUUGUAUGGGGUGACCAAUCAAUGGGACCAACCAAGUUUGGACAAGAACGGAGUGCCAUUGGUUAGGCUUAAGGAACUACUUAGUGCUGGCAAACUGGAUGAUGAGUUCGUUGGCCAUGCAAAAACCAAGCAAAGCAAUGAACCUCUGUCCGCCUCAAACCAGGAAGAACUGCACGACUUUAAUGCUAAACAACCUAAGCAGGAAAAUGAAGACGCAACAAAAAUGGACUCAAGGGUACUUAAAGCAGCUGAUAUCACAAGAGAUUUGCUUGAGAAUCGAAGGAUUAAGAAUAACACUAAAAACAGUGAAAUCCCAAAACGAGGACGAGUUGAUAGAGGAAUUCCAACGGACCACAAAAUAGACUCUGGUUUGCACUUCAACAGAACCAAAUACAAAUCGUUGCAGAGAUUUAGAGCGAGGCCAAGCCCUGGGCUUCUUAAUAAUGCCAUAGGUCCAAAGGGAAUGAUAUUGGAUUCGCCACAUAAAUUAAACCUGACAGGAAACUUUGGUGUAUUGAAACUGAUUUCUAAGGACAACCUUGUGCGGAUUGUAAAUUCCCAACUCCAGAAUGGUCUGACCUUUCAGAAUAAGAUUAGUCACAGUAGGAAGAGAGAUUUGAUUGAUAUCAAUCACGGGCAACUGGAGGAACCGAAAACAAGGAGACAAGACAGUUCCGCGACUCCGAAUGUAUAUGAAUUGGAUAGUCACAACAAGACUUCCAGACUAGCUGUCGAGACCCAGUCAAGCACCAUUCCAAAUCCAAAUGUCAGUCCAGUUCAAAUUUUUCGAAGGCCAGUUAUCGAUCUCAAUCCAAAUGUAAAAGAUAAAGAGAAAAAGACAGAGGCCGAGUCUAUAGCUAGCGCAAAAAGCAAACACCACUUAACUCAAGUGGCAUCAACGCCCCGAAGUGAACUCAUGGCCGACAUAGAGGCCAAUUCUUUUACCAGUCGCACCAACAACUCUGGGACUGUGCAUGAAGGAACAUCACAUGCGCCCUCUCAGGCCGUCUCAGAUAAGAGCUACUUUCUCGACUCACAAACUCAGACAACUGCCAAAGAGGAGUCAGGUCAAAAAUGGUAUGCUCCAGGAAUAGAAUUAAAUGUCACCCAGGAACCGAAAGUUUCCGAUUUUGUCGAAGACAGUCACAUUCUGAAACUGCGCCCGAAUCCAGAUGGUGUAGGAAAGGACAAGGGGGAAGUUUGGGAGCCAUCGCUUGCCUGGCCUCUGCAUGGUGGUCAUGGCCUCGUAUUUCAGGAGAUGGAGGAAGAUGUGGGUAAAGCUGGGAGUCAAAAGGAAAGCGAUAGAUCUCGAUCACGAAGCAGACGGAGUUGGAUCUGGAACCAGUUUUUUGUUAUCGAGGAGUAUUCCGGGCCUGAGCCUGUUCUAAUCGGAAGGCUGCACACGGAUAUGGACAGAGGGGAUGGGCGCACCAAGUACGUGCUCCGAGGCGAAGGGGCGGGGUCGGUGUUCGUGAUCGACGAAAAGACAGGCAACAUUCAUGUGACCAAGCCCUUGGACAGGGAGGAGAAGGACGAGUACAGGCUUAUCGCCACGGCAACAGACAGCCAGACUGAGCGUGCCCUGGAGCCCUCUUCCCAGUUCAUCAUCAGGGUGCAGGACAUCAACGACAAUCCACCUGUGUUUGAAGAUGGGCCAUAUAGCGCCACCGUCUCUGAGAUGGCCAACAUAGGCACAUCCAUUGUUCAGGUGACAGCAACUGAUGCUGACGACCCCACCUAUGGGAACAGUGCUCGUCUGGUCUACACACUAGUGCAAGGCCAGCCUCAUUUCUCGGUGGACCCACAGACAGGAAUCUUGCGUACGGCAGUCCCCGAUUUGGACAGAGAAACCCAGGAUCAGUACCUCGUAGUACUCCAGGCUAAAGACAUGGGCGGCCAUCUCGGAGGGCUUUCCGGAACCACUACGGUUACCGUGAAACUGACAGAUGUCAAUGACAAUCCUCCGCAUUUCACCCAGAGCUCCUGGUUGUUCUCAGUGUCGGAGUUGGCGGCGCCGGGGGCGGAGGUGGGCCGGAUCUCAGCAACAGACGCUGACCUGGGAGAGAACGCCAAGCUGGAAUAUACCAUCCUUGAGGGGGAGUCAGGAGACACCUUCAGCAUUACCGGAGUCAACCAAGAGGCUAUCAUUACCCUGACCAAAGCUGUCGACUAUGAAAGCCGGAGCUCAUAUUCUUUUUCGGUGGAGGUGAUGAACCCAACUGUCGACCCACGUUUCCUGCGCCGUGGGCCCUUUAAGGACCGGGCCUCCAUUCGAGUGGCUGUACUGGAUGCAGACGAGCCUCCACGUUUCUCCCGGACCAGGUACCUCAUGGAGGUUUCGGAGAACUGCCCCCCGGCAUGCACUGUUGGCCGUGUUAGUGCUGUGGAUCCAGACACAGGACUCAGCAGCAACAUCAGAUACUCCAUUGAUCCACAGUCAGAUCCAGAGGCUUUGUUCCGGAUCGCCCCAGACACUGGGCUUAUCACAACAACAACAGAGCUGGACCGCGAGCAUGAGCAGUGGCACAAUAUCACCAUCAUCGCCACACAAAGAGAUAACCCUAGCCAAGUUUCCAGAGCUCUGGUUGCCAUACAAACGCUAGACCAGAACGACAAUGCUCCGGAGCUGGACCGACAGUACACGACGGCCAUGUGUGACUCCACCUCCACUGGACAGGUGGUGCAGGUCUUGAGAGCAAUUGAUAGAGAUGAGGGAGGCAACGACAGCACUGUGUACUUCAACAUCCCUCCGGAGUCCAGCACCGCGCUCAACUUCAGCAUCCGAGAGAGCGGAGGUCCCACCGCCAGCCUGGUCCUCGUCUCACCCUUGCAGGCGCUCUCACGUUCUUCCACUUCCUCCCUGACACUGCACGUUCCUCUGGUCCUCAGAGACGUAUCAUCAGGCCUGACGAGCACGGCGACCGUCACCGUGUCAGUGUGUCCCUGUCUGAGAGGAGGCGCCCGAGCCGGCGAGAAGGAGAAGCAGAGCGAUGCGGAAUGGGAAAGGGAGACCAUCUGUCUACCCCAGCACUCCUCCCUGCCUUCUCCGGGUCUCAGCACAGCAGCCUUGCUGGCCAUUUUAGCAUGCGGCGCGACACUUUUGGCUGUCACUGCUCUGUCUCUGUCCCUGCGCAGACAAAAAAGGGACUCGCUUUCUCCUCUAGAGGAAGACGAUGUGAGGGAGAAUAUCAUCACGUACGAUGACGAGGGAGGUGGCGAGGCUGACACUGCUGCUUUUGACAUCACUGCCUUGCAAAGCGCCCCCCACAGUGCUCGUAGGGGAUACAGAACCCUUGACAGUAGGAACAUACGUCUCUCUCAACGCGGCCAGGAUAAAUCGUGCACAUACAGCAGCUGGGCCCAAUCAGGAGCUAUGGAUGGUGCGCAGUACCCAAGCCAGACUCCUUUAUAUGGCCGGUUGUGUUACAGCAGCCAGACCCUCCCAGUGCAACGGCGAUCACAGGGCCCAUAUGAACCUGGCUUGACGGAACUUGGAUAUCGUUUCUCUGCUGGCCAGCCAGAUCACUCCCUCGUAAUCCAUAACCAAGGCGCAAUGGUGGGAGCACUUGAACCAGGAACAUUGUACAUGGGGCCUAGCGAAGUUGUGAAUAGCUCUAGAGAGGGAACUGCAUCCCAGGAUGGAGCCACUGCAUCUGAAGAAGGGACUCCACACAAAAUUGAUAUCAAGGAAGAUUCGGGAAGUGAUGCGCAGCGCAGCCAGGAGCUUAACUGGCGUAAGCUCAUCCUGACCCGCUUUAACCUUCCUGCUCCUCCCCGUUCCCAACAGGUGCAGUCUGAUUCUGCUCCAAGGGAACUGGUGCUGACUAGCACAGGCACACUCACCAGGCCCGGGGUUUCAGGUGGCUGGUUGUGUGAUUCAGCCACACUGCCCAUGGCAGGUCGGCGCUCGUCACGUGCCGGGCUCUCACCAAAAAGGUGUGCAGCUGGCUCGGCAGAAGGCACAGAUGGAGCAAACAAUACCAUGCAAUCUGUCAGCCGUAAUUACACCACUGUCCUGCAGGGGGAGCAGCAAAAGGACUACACAGCAAGUUUAAACCAAGGAGGAUUAGAGAUGGGAAGUAGUUUUGUGGUGGCGAGGCCAGAAGGUGGGAUUCCGUUGUGUGUCGCAGAUAGUACGGGCUAUGUGGCUGACUGGAGGGAACGGGUGGGUAUGGGGGCUUACAGCCUGGGCAGGAGGGAUAUGAUGCCCCAGCUGCUGCCCUACCCUGGGCAGGGUCGAGGAGCAUUUGGAGGGAUCCUAGGAUAUGGAGGAGCUUGGCCUACAGUGCCUGAAGCAGCAGGAAGGGGCAUUCAAGGAGGAAGCGGCCAGUCCUUGGCCUUAAGAGUUGGCGAGUUCUUGCGGCUACGCCUGGCACAGGUGUCCUUUGAUCCAACGCAGCCGCCGUAUGACUCGGUGCAAGUGUAUGGCCUUGAAGGCACAGGGUCACGUGCUGGAUCACUUAGCUCCCUGGAAAGCGAAGGAGAGAAGGAUGCCAACAAGGAGGAGUGGGGAGGUGGGCUGGAGGAGUGGGGGCCCCAGUUCCACAAACUAGCCCAACUCUUUCAAGAAAGGGAGAAAGAAAUCGAGGAUGAAAGCGAAGCAGAGACACCCAAGAAACAAAAUGACAAGGAAAAAGAUGAGCAGUCUGGAGAUGAGAGGAAAGACAAAGACUGAAAGCUAGAGUACGGGAUGGUGUAAGGGUAUGGUCGGGAGAAAGGGUAUGGUGUGAGUAAGCUGCAACCAGUGCUGGAGUAAUAGGUAAAAAAGGAGAAAGAACGAGAGGAAGAUAUAUAGGAAAAGUAAUUGAGAGAGACACACGAAACAAAGGUGAGCUAAAUAGAAAGCGAGAGGAAGCUACAGAGUGAGUGAUUGAUGCAAUUUAAAGCAAUAUGUGUCAAAAAGCAGAACAGAAGUAGAGAGACUGAGAACACUUUGUUUUUCUUCAGAGUAUUUACCAUUCUCUAAGUGUUGCAAGCAAUGGUUGGAAAUGUCCAUAGUAUCUUUUCUAUUCACAAUUUGUGAGAAUGUGUGUAUGAGAGAGAAAGAGUGGUACUGCAGGUGACUCAUGUUUUUGGGGCAAUGUGCAAGACAACACAACCACCAGGGAGUCUGGGGUGGGGGAUAGGCUAUCAUAUAACAGCUGAUAAAUACAAAAUAAUACAAUAGUGGUGAGAAAGAAAGAAAGUUUUUGUUCAGGGGUGCUGGAGUAAAUUUGUCUGCUCAUUGUUUUGAAAAAACUAUACAAAAAGAAAAGCUAAUCAUCUUACUUUCUACUUACUUUGAUGCCUUUUCAAUGCAAAACAUCUCGACUUGGAUUCAAGACGGACCCACAAGAGUUCAUGUUUCAUGUUUGGAUUUCAACUGCCAUAUUAGAAACCUAAAGCAUUUAAAAUGCAUUUAAAUGGGGCUGCAGUUGUAAUGUGGUAUCAUGUCACUGUCCCAUUGUUCCUGGAUUUGUGUAUACAAUAUUGGAAUUACAAAUCUUAUUUUUUGUACAUUUUCCAAUUGUUUGUUGAUUCCUGGCACUUUUUUUCGAACAGCAAUUAUUUAACGUGCAACAUAUCGUCCGAUUCCGGAACAAUUAAUGUAGAGAAAUGAUGUCAAGAAAUUUGAACUGGCACAAUUCCUCAAGAGAAAUCAGGCAGGAUGCAAAACUCUGAGCUGGAAUGCACUUUCAUAUGGGACCCUCAAUAAAAGACAAUACUGUUGUUGUUUUUCCAUAUACAAAAAAGAAAGAAAAUCAGAAUAAAUAUUACAACAUUGUAUGUAAAUGUAAAUAUCAAAAACCAUGGUGUGAAGUGAUUACUGAGUACUGAGUGAGUACAGUAGUAUUCAAAAAAACAACAUGCAAAGUCAUUUUCAAAUAAAAAGAAAAAAAAAACAGAAAACUGAAGGAGAUAAAAGAUUAAAAUGUCAUGUCGGAUUACGGCUCUGAGGGAUGAAAUCACCUGCGAAGGAAUAAACUGAACCGAGCGGACUUGUCUGGAUUAUUUGGGAUUAACUCUACUGCAGGGCAUCAAGCCCAAAUGGAAUCCUGGACUGAUCUACCUGACUAUGCUGGAAAGUAAUAAUUUUUCAGAAAAAAGGAAUAGUUUGCCCCACAGCUAAUGAGUGUCUGGGGAUGUUUUCGAAUGCCUUCAAAUGUACAGAAUUUUGACAAAUCAUCUAAAAAAUGGACAUGUGGAUGUAGCCAUUUUUCCAUACUCUGUACAAGGGUGAACAUACACACAUACGCAUUCACACACAGAGGUUGCAUCAUAACAGAAUACCAGUAAUUGCAUUACCUAAUCCAAAUAUGUUGAGGAAACGCCUCGUGUUAUAGUGUAUAUUGGGUAUGGACUGUGAUUAGGUCAAGGGUUACUGCCAGGAGUGUAAGAAUGGCCUUAAAACCUUAAUGUGUGCAGGCUGAAACUUUUCUGCAAGGUCACAAAGUGAUUUAUGGCUAUUUGUUUUGGCAGGAUAGUGGUACAGCAGGUAGCAUGUACAGUAGAUGCAUAUUACCAGCUUAUGCUCACCCCCAACUUUAUAAACAGUGGCAUGGUCAAUUGACCAAUUCGCUAAAGUGUGUUACAAGAGCUUGUGCAGAAAUUCUAAUCUGCAAGGUGAAACCCCAAAGUCAUCAGGCCAUCAGCAGAUAUCAGGCAAACUAAGUGCCAGGAUGUACAAUUCUCCCACUCUUUUUUGGAUGUAGCAUCGGACUGUAUCCUGGCCUAGAUGUCCUACCAUUGGACACAUGUCCAGCAUCCCCACAGACUCCCAUUUACCUCACAGAUUUCACAAGCUGCCACUAGAACAUCAUUCAUUUAGUGCUUCCAGAGAGACCACAGGCAUGUGGCUCAGCCGGAUCUGCUUGUGAUCCAUCAUGUUAGCUAAACGCUGUGCCAUGGACUUACUGUACCUGUCCAAAUCCUCCUUGAAAACUUUUAAUGAAAUGCUUGCCCUGUAAAAUGGUGCAUUCCUUGUGAAACAUGAUGUGUAUGUGCUUGGGGUGGUGCACUAUCAAAUCCCACUUGAGACUUUGCCCUUUCAAGAAUCAUUGCUAAGGCAGCACUAAUGCUCUGGGUUACUAAUCAGAAGGGUGAAAAUUCAAGCCCCAGCACAUCCAAGUUGCCACUGUUGAGUCUUUAAGCAGGGCAUUUAAUGUUCUUUGCUUCAGGGGGGACUGUACCAUGGCUGAACCUGCUCCCCAAUUUACUAACAAGGUGGGAUUUGUGAAGAUAAGGAUUUUACUGCAGCAUAAUGUAGGGACAAAUAAACCUUUCUUCUUUAGGGCAUGUCUAAAAUUGGAUGUGGCUUAGCCUGAGAGCAAGGGAGUAAUAAUAAUGCAUCUUAUGCCUAAAGAAAAACCACUUCAAAACGAUUCCAGGAUUUGGACAUGUCGGCAAAGCUGAAACGAACUAGUUCCAACCGAUAGUUAAGGAUGCCCACUCAGUCUUGCUGCUUGGUUAGAUGACGGGGGGGGGGGAUCCUGACAUAUUUGGAGAUAGAAGGCAGAAAGGUCCAAUGCCUUAACCACUGAUCUACCACUUUCCACCUCCCACCUCAAACUUGUUGCCUAUGGAUUUUAAUGUUGCAUUUUCAAGCCACUGGCAUUGGCGUUAAAUUAAUGGUACCAACCAAUUCUAAAAAUAAUUAAUAAAAAAAGUUUAUAUUGUAAAAUCAUGCAAUGAUGAUAGAGCACAACAUGUCUUUACAGUGACUUUUCUGAGUAUUACGACCAACCCUGCACAUACAUCAACACUCACACUCAAACACACUUACACAUACACCUUCUCAAUGUCCUGUGUGAUUUGAUCAUUAAGUGGGACAUAUUGACUCAGAGCCACUGUGACUGGGUCAGACCAGAUCUAGAUCCACUGUAUUAGUGUACAAUCAUGAUAACGGGUAGAGGAGGAGGCCGAGCCACUUCAACCCCUCACAUCUUUUAUUUACCAAACAGUUUCCAUUUAAUGGUUUCAACCAAAACAGUGCUCCAUUUCUUCUUCUCAUAGGAACGCUACCCAGGUUUUCAUACAUUAGCAAUACCUUCGUUACAGAAUAUUCGCUUGUCAUUUCAACUAGCAUUGUGGUUAGGACUGUCCAAGGAAUUUACUUUUGUCCAAGGCUUGUCUGUAUCACUAGCCACAAUGGCUCUGCCUCCUUUUUGUUUACCCUCAUUAUUGACCCUGCUCUAUGCAGAGUAAUAUUGAAAUCUCACAAUGCCAUAUGAAACAGAUUGAAGUUUAUUUAUUAUAUGAUUCUGUUGUAUUUUCUCUUUUAUUUUUUGUAAAUUAAAAAAAUACAUGUUUUGAGGGAUUUUUUUGGGGGGUGUGUGCUUAAAUAAAUAAUUUCUUAAA